AUGCCUGCUCUCUUGUCAUUUCAUGGACACCUUUCGCCCAACGUGUUCCAAACUUAUGGAAACUACCAGUCCGAGAUCUACUCUCAAGGAGUCACCUCAGGCGUCACUCCUGCCGUCACCAUGGAUCCUCGCCAACUUGAUAAACAGGACUUUGCAGAGGCAUGUAGGAAGAUUGGAGUCCCGUAUACACUCAGCACAGUCAGCAGCAGCUCGACUGAAACUGGCGAAGGCCAAUGCCGACGGCAAGAGAUGGUUCUAUACUGGCCAAUGAAGGACGACAUCAUAAUCUCGUCGUUGACACGUGCAAAGGACAACGGCUUCGGUGUCCUUAUAAUCACCCUGUACACCUGGUCACUCGCUUGGCGAUCGGCUGACCUGGACAACGUCUAUAUUCCAUUAAUCAAGGGAAUAGGAAACGAGAUCGAAUUCACCGAUCCAGCAUUCCAUAACAUUAUGGGCGCAUCAAGACCAUGGAGCUCGCAGAUAUUCUCCGGAACUCCACACACUUGGGAUCAGCUUAAUUCUCUGGGGAAGAACUGGGACGGUCCGCUGCUCCUGAAGGGAAAUCAGCAUGUGGAUGGUGCAAAGCUUGCCGUGGAGGCGGGCUGUGGUGACAUUGUCGUGGCCAAUCAUGGAGAUAGCAUCCGACAGGUUGAUGUCGCAAUCGGCUCUCUGGAAGUACUUCCCGAGGUGGUUGAUGUUGUCGGGGACAAACUAAUAGUUCUCUUCGAUUCUAAGAUUCGAACGAGUGCAGAUGUCAUCAAAGCACUCCGUCUAGGAGCAAAGCAGUUUUUGAAUGGCAGGCCAGUCAUUUAUGGGCUAAGUAUCAAUGGGAAGAAAAAAGUUAUCAGAGGGCUCCUGGCGGAUGUUUGGCAAAACAUGGGGCUAACGGGGAUUCGCUCUGUGACGGAAUGCUACCGCGACAGGUUCCGAAAGGUAGUGUAUCCCGGAAAUAGGCACGCUACGAUUUAAGAAAGUCAAUCGUAGUCUCAAUUUCCCUUGAAUGGAAACAGACGAGGUGGAGCAAUGAAGUGUGUU